CGCACGAGAACCAAUGAGAGUCGAGGCAGAGCGCGAGAGCCAAUCAGUCGCGAGACCGUUCUGCGUCAGUGACGUCACGUGCCGUCAGUGCGUGCGCAGAGCUCGCGUGCCCUUGGUGUUUGUUGAACUUCAGAAUCAGUAUUAUAAGGAUGGGUUUCCUGCUCUCCAAAUCCCUCGAGCAGAACCUGCAGAAACAGCAGGAGUUCAUGCUGCUCAACACACGCCUGCAGUUGGAGCGUCAGCUGCAGAUGCAGAAUCAGAUGCGUGAGCGACAGAUGGCGAUGCAGGUCGCCUGGUCCAGAGAGUUUCUCAAGUACUUCGGUUCCUUCUGCGGUUUGACUACGCUGGGUCUCACCAUCGGAGCCGUCAGGAAGAGGAGAGCGGCUCUGCUGGCUCCGGUGGUUCCUCUCGGCUUCAUCCUGGCGUAUCAGCUGGACGCGGCGUACGGAUCGCUGGUGCACCGCAUGAGGGGCGAGGCCGAGAGCAUCAUGGCGUCGGAGAGCGAGCGUCUGGCUCUUCCUCAGGGGAUGCCCACGUUUGAGAGCAUCGAGAAAUCCCGCCGAGCCAAAGCACAUCUGACGUCUCUGCUGGAGAAAUGAGGAAUCCUUGCGUCUCCUCGGAUCGACUCAGCAAUGUUUCCUCAAUCAACUGAAGGAGGACGCUCCAGUGAAGCACUCAAAGACCCAGCUCAGUCCUCAACUCAAAGACAAUAUUUCACACAAAAUUGCUUUCGCUGUCAUUGAUCAUCAUGUGACAAGUCGAUUCUCAGGUGUCUGCCUCUUUAUUAAUUGUGGAACAUUUUUCCAUCUAGCUUUGGAAGAAACGUGGCAUGUUUUAGAUUAAAUAUGAUUAAAAGAGGUAUUUUCGUCUUGAUUCAUUAUUAUGGAGAAUCCAGCAGUGUUCAGUUUUUAUUGUGAUCCUGAUCUUUGUGUCCAUUAAUAAAUCGUUAAAGAGGA